AUGGGCAAGCCGAAAAAGGAUCAGGUUGAUUGGAAGAACUCACCUGGAGAUGUAGAGGCACUGGUUAGGUUCUUACACAGCCAGAGAUCACGGGUAGGACAAGGUGGUAAUUUUGAUAGCACUGUGUACAAUGAGGCUGCAAAACACCUUGAAGCUCGUGGUCCUCCAAGCCAUGGAGUGGCCAAGACUGCUGUUUCUAUUAAGAAGUACUACAGCUCUACACUCCGAAAGCUUCACACAGAUAUCCUUGCAGUCCUUCAGAAAACCUAUACUGGAGCUUCAGGAUGGACUUACAGUCAUGAAGGUGGCUUCAAUGUUGUUUCUGCUACUGAGGAUGCUUGGAGGAACUUCGUAUCUGUUCACAAGCAGUUUAAACCUUUCAAAACAAGUGGAUGGCCUCUCUGGGAGCUGAUGCAUGAGAUCGUUCCGACUCAGGCCAGAGGAGUCCAUGUCUUCAAUGCUGCAUCCCAGGAUACAGCACAGGAAACUGGUGAUUCACUAUCUGAGCCGGAGUUAGACCCCCGUUCGUGUUCUGCUACUCCCUUACAGGAUGUCGAAAAUCGUUCUCCCUCCGAGGAUUCUGCCAUUUCCGAGUCACAGAUCACUUCAUCCCAGGCUUUUGAUGAAUCACAGGAUACUUUGUCCCAGGUUUCCAUGCAGGUCUCCUCCACUUUGUCGCAGACCUCUGUCACUUCAUCACAACUACAGAAAACUCCUGCACCGAAACGUGCAUCCUCUGAUAUAGCCGACACUCCGACACCCUGGAGUAGCAAACGUGUGUGUUUGACAGGCCCUGAAGUGAUUCAUUCACUGGGGCAGUCUGUACAUGGUAUCAGUGACACGCUACGUGACAUUUUCGGCACAACUUCUAAAUCGACUGCACUUUCCCCUUCGAAAAAGCUAGCUAUUGCCCGGCAGCGGAUCAAGGAGGAUGUCCAGGGUUUUUAUAUCUCAGAUGAUCAAGCUACUGACUUGAAAAUCCUAUUUGCAAGGGACAAUGCAGCUGCUGAUGCAUAUGGUGCAGAAGAGGAUCCUGUCGAUCAUGCAAAAAUUGCUGCAAAGCUUUUAUAUUAA